CACUGGAGUGGACCACCACAGAGAGCAGACUACGAGAAGUGACGCUGCAAAGACGUUUAACAUCCAUCGAAAGGCUAAAGAAGACAAAGUCUGAAGCAGGGAAAAAGGAAAAGGAUCUGACCCACACUCUGGAUACCUGUGACGAAGAGAAACUGAGCUGAAUGCGGGUUACAUUACAUUAAGUUACAGUCACCAUUGGUGGAGUUUUGAAUAUCAGUUGAAAACCUUCUAGGGCCUCAUCAGAACCAUGAAGCUUACAAUGGUGACAUCACUGCAAACCGAUACAAAAGAUUCAACAGCGUCAGCAUCACCACCGCAGCCCGAGAGAGGUCGGCCUCAGUGUUCGAUAUGUGCAGACAGAGCCACAGGUAAACAUUACGGUGCAGCCAGCUGCGAUGGCUGCAAGGGCUUCUUCAGGAGGAGUAUUCGCAACCACCACACUUACAACUGUAGGUUCAACAGGCAAUGCACUGUGGACAAAGACAAAAGGAACCAGUGUCGUUUCUGCAGACUCCAAAAGUGUUUGAUGGCUGGAAUGAGAAAGGAAGCUGUUCAGAACGAGAGAGACUGCAUCCACAGUCACAAAGCCAAGGGACAGACAGUGGGCACUCUAUCCAUCACUAUGCUCCUGCGGGCAGAGGCCAGUGUGCAACAGUUCCCAGCGCUGGCCGCACCCAGGAGUCAGGACAUCGACACCAAGAGGACAGCCUGUGUUGGAGACGUCUUCCAGUCCAUGAAGCAGCAACUCCUCCUGCUGGUCGAAUGGGCGAAAUACAUCCCUGAGUUUUGCAGCCUCCCUUUAGAUGACAGGGUCACCUUGCUACGAACCCACUCUGCAGAACAUCUUAUUCUAGGGGCAGCGAAACGCUCUCUACCUUACAACAAUCUCAUCCUCCUGGGUAACAACUUUGUGAUCCCCCUGAGAGGUGACCAGAUAGAGGUGACCAGAGUGGCUUUCAGAAUCCAAGAGGAGCUGGUGAAACCGUUCAGAGAGCUGGACAUCACAGACAGAGAGUUCGCCUGCCUCAAAACCAUCGUCUUCUUCAGCCCAGACUUCCCAGGUCUGGAGAGUCCUCAGCCCGUUCGACAUCUGCGCUUCCAGGCCCAACUGCUGCUGGAAGAGGCGGCCUGUGAGCAGCGGGGCAGGUUUGGGGAGCUCCUGCUGAUGCUGCCUGCCCUGCAGAGUGUUGCCUGGCAGAUGGUGGAGACUCUUCACUUGGCACAGCUGCUGGGUGAAGCCAGAAUGGACAGCCUGCUGCUGGAGAUGCUGCUGGGAGAGGGAGCCAAAUCAGGAAGUGCAGUGAGCACAGACACUGACAAGACUCAAGACCAGCAAAGAACUUCGCCCGCAAACUUCACCUCUGCCAUGUCCCACGUUCCAACAUGUCUUCCAAGUGGCUCUCCCGCUGCCCACACAGACUGGCACUGAGGUGCACAGACAUGACGCUGCUGCCAAUGUGCCCACGGCAUACCAGAGGAACCGGGCCACACCAAGAAAAAACAUCGGAAAGCGACAACUUAACCAAGGAAUGGGGGAAUGGAGGGGUGUUAUGAGCGGGAAUUAACAUAUACACACUCAGCGACGUACACACAUGCAUCUGUGCAUACUGUACUUACUAGUGCCGAUACUCAAUCAUUCAUAUUUGUGUCCAAGAACAUUUUUAAUUCUUCUCCAUGUACAGUGAGAAUCACCGGGUUGAUAGUCUUCAGUGAGACUGCAAAAUAAAGCUCCUGACAUGUGCAAAAAGGUUAAAAUUGCACUAAACUAUAACUAAGCGCAACUCACUCAUAGCGACACAUUACAGUAUGCUCGACUUGUUUUCAGAGCUGCAAGACCCAACGCUCGUCAGCAGAGGGCGCAAAAAGCCUGUUCAGAUACAUAUUAGUUGGCCCUUGUGGGCCAAGUGGGGACUGUGAUUCCAAGGGUCUGGAUAUAGAUAAAGAAGAUAUUACUAUUUUGACGUAAGAAAAAAAAACAAGUUAAUUUCUCUGGAUGUUUGGCUGAAGAUGUUCUGAUGAAGAAACCCACGCGGCAGAUACCUGUAGUGUUACCUUCAAGUUUACAUGCCGUGGAGACCCUAGAUUUAUUCAUAUGAUGAGGGAUGGAGGGACUAGAAUGACCCAAUGUCAUCUGAUGAUAAAAGCGUGUUCUGCAUAAUGAAA